AUGCCGUCUGCGAAGGCCCAGUAUGAAUAUCAAGAGCCGGUCGUCGUUCAGCUCACGGACGAGGAGCGUACCACAGGCGUAAUCACUCAGGAGAAUAUCGGUAUUGCCGUCUCAGCUCUACAUCGCGACGGACUGGUUGUUCUGGAGAACGCAGUCAACGUUGAACACAUCGACAACUUGAACUCAAUUCUGUGUAACGAGGCCGAGGCCAUGGCCAAGCUGCCCACGACCCAUUUCAAUGAUAACUCAGCCGACGGUAAACCAACUGGAAAUAUGUCCCAAGGCCCACCACUAGAUCCAAAGCUCAUGUAUUCCGAUAUCUGGGCUAACCAGCCUGCCGCAACUGUUCUCGAGGCGAUCCUGGGACCGAAGCCACAUGUCAACUAUGUGAAUGGAAAUACCGCAUUGGGAGGGUAUGGAGGUGCUCGCCAGCGAGUCCAUGCAGACUUAACUUUCAAUCAUGCUCAAAUGCCCUUCGCCGUUGUGACGAACUACUAUCUUGUCGAUGUAUCGCCAGCAAAUGGCUCAACGGAGUUGUGGCUAGGCUCACACCGCGAUACCUCAUUCCGGGACCACCGAAAUUGCAGAACGGAAGCUCACACAAAUGGCGAAUAUAAUAAGAAGUUUGAGGAGGAAUUUGGCAUUCGCGAUGAGCUGCUAGAAGAGCGCAGAGCUUAUGCCCCGCCUAUUCAACCCACCGUGAAGAGAGGCUCUGUCGUGCUUCGUGACUUACGACUAUGGCACGCGGGCCUCGCCAAUCCCGCUACAGACCCACGCAUCAUGUUAGCGUUCGUACAUACGCCGUGGUGGUAUCAGUGUCCGGCCAAGGUUGUGCUGCCGGAGUCUGCAAAGGAACUGGUUCAACAGUGGGCAAGCCGCGAGCUGAGCCCGGUGAUCUACGACGCGCACUUUGUCCCAGAGAGCUUGGAUCACAAGAAAGUCAAGUUCAACCCCAACUUCAGUAGCGCAAACAAGGGCUACUUGAAAAUGUUGCCGCAGGGUUUGAGCAUGGGGUUCGUGUUUGGUGCCGAUGACGAAACGAAGGCCACAAUGUAG